CGAUUUUAAGUGAUAAUUUUCUUACCCCCAAAAGAGUUUACCCAAAAAAAUUUACAAUAAUAAAAAAUGCGCUAAAAGUUCUGGGAAAACUUCAGCAAAAAGUGCUCUCAAAGAAAGAAGAAAGAAGUGCUUAAAAGAAUUACUUCAAAACCAGAAGGAAAAAUAUCCAAAAAUACAAAAAAGAACGUGAAAACCUAAAGGAAAACAAAAUAGAAUAAGAGUAAGAAGUGAUCCCAAAACAUGAAGAAAAAGUGAAGAAGGAGGAAAACAGGAAUAAGAAAUAGCAGGAAAAAGUGUUAACAACAGGAAGAAACCCAAAGAGAAGAUUGUAUUCUAUGUAGAUUUAUUUCUAGCAUAUUCUUCCUUCAAAAAAAAUAAUAAUAUUACUAUUAAAUAAAAAGAGAGCGGGAAAGAGAGGUAGAGAGCUCUCUCUGCAAAUGUGUGCGCGUGUGACUGCGUUGAGAGGGUAAAACUACAAACUGAAAGUGCUUGGUGGCAGAAUAUGGAUAGCGUCUGCCACCACUCCACCUCGCCACCCCGCUACCUCGCCGCUCAACGACAUCAUUAUCAUCACCUUCAGAGUCAGAAUCAGCAUCAGAAUCAGCAUCAGCAUCAGCAUCUGCACCAGAAGCAGCAUCAACAGCCGCUUCAACAUCGACAGCAGCAGCUGAGCGACAACAUAGCAACGGAUCCACGUGCCACGUGCCACGUAUCACCUGAGCAGCAAGCUGGCCAUUGCAGGAGCGCUAGCAGGCCACAAAGAUGCCACCGCUGCGACAUGAACAAUUGAUCAACAAAAAAAUUGUGCAUUGUCGAAUCAGCUUUGGUUUAAGCUAUAUAUUUAACAACCGAUCGGAACCAGCCGUGGUCAGAUCAUCCACCAGCUCAUCCUCAACAUCAACCUCAACCUCAACUUCGAGUAAGAAAGCUCGAACCAAGGACCGUUUGAAGAAGGGAAACGAGGGCUAACAAUAUAAUUUGCAUUUGGAUUGGGUUGUUUGAUAUGGCAUUUGAAAUUAUGGAAACCAUGUUCUAGAAUUGUGUUUUAAGAAAGAGUCCAAACAGAUCAUUCCAUGAGAUUUGCUGAAGAUUGAAGCCCAAAAGAGUUCCCCCCCAGAGUCCUGUUCAAUCACCGAAUCGUUGUGGAUCACUUUCGAUUCGUAGAAUCCUUCAAAUGGUAUACAAAGGUUAUAAAGCGUAACCGAGAGACUAGUUUAUGGACUGGGAACACGUUGGAAAAACUGUGAUAACCUCCAAAUGGUGUAAUAAAUGGAGAGGCCAGGAGUCGGCACUCGAUUGAGAUGGGA